CAAAUAAUUGCAUCUUCACCAUCUUUAUCAUCUUCAACUUUGAUUGCUUCUUACCAGCAAAAAAGCUGUUAAUUGUAAGUUUUUUCAGAAUUAUGUCUUCAAUUUUAAUUUAUUCCCUCCAAUAUUUUCAUUUAUACAUUAACGAUAAUUUGCAACUCCAUUUUAAUUUCUAUACCCUUAUUAUUGAAUUGUAGUCGACAAGUUACAUACUGUAAUGGAGUUAUGUGGCUCAAAUUUGCCACUUUUUUCUGGGUUGUCUCUCGAAUUCUACUUUAUGCAACAUUGUUCAAUUGAGCAGAUUCUAUCAUGCUAUUGCAAUUUCAGAUUAUUAUUUCUUUUUAUUAUCGGGUUUUGGAAAAUGAUACGGAGUACUCCCUUUGUCCGGAAUUAAUAGUUACGUUGAUGGUGUAAUUUGAACUCGUAACGUACAACUAAAUAUAAAUGAAGGUAGUAAAUUACAUACUAGGAUGGGAAUUGAAAUACUGUAGGGCAUUUAAAUGGAGAUGGAUACUCUGAAUUUCCCUUUAAAUUUAAAUGACUUCCCUUAAUUAGAAUGGUUUAGGUCCCUUCAAAAAAAAAAAAAAUUAGAAUGGUUUAGGUUCUAAGUUUGUUCAUGUAUUUGAAUGUUCACACCUCCCUUCAUGCAUGUACUUUCAGAUUAUUAUUUUUUUCGUGUUUUGGAAAAUGAUACUGCCUUUGUCCGGAAUUAAUAAUCAUGUUGAUGUAAUUUGGACUCGUAAUGUAACAACUAAAUACAGAUGGAGGUAAUGAAUUGCAUCUUUGUAUGGGAAUUGGAAUACUGUAAUGCACUUAAAAUGAAAAUAAUACUCAGUAUUUCCCCUUAAAUCAAAAUUAAUUUUCUUAAUUAUAAUAAUUUAGGUUCUGAUUUUGUUCAUGUAUUUGAAUGUUCACAACUCCUUCCAUGUAUGAUUAGCCGUAUUUGUACCAAAGUUUCUGUUUCUGUGAACAUGUAAACUUGUCAAGUAACAGCUUAAAGGUUAAAUGAACUGUUUGUUUUCAUCAACUUACUUUUAUGUGAGAUGUUACAUUUUUCAAUGCUUCACCCUUGAUUCUUUAUGUUUCCUUAUGUUUUUGUUUAGAUUAUAUAAAUAGUCAUAUUGAAGCAUCCAUUGCAAUGUAAUCCAUAAGCAUAAUCUUUAGAAUUCACUUAGAAAGUUAGAAGUUGAACCAUGUCUCUCUUUUGUACCAUUUUCAUUGUAUUGUUGGUCACCUCAUCACCAUUCUUUGGGGCAGGGGAAAAUAUUGAUAAUCCGAGGAUUCAAAACUAUAUUGUUAGGAUUGAAAAUGACUAUAAACCUGCUGCAUAUUUUGAUGUUGUGGAGUGGUAUAGCUCCAUUCUUAAUAGCAUUGGAUUCAAUGUUAUCCAAGAGGAAGGAGGGAAAGGUAGUAGUAAUUUCCUUCAUGUUUAUGGAACUGUCUUUCAUGGAUUCUCUGCACGAUUGACCUUCGAGCAAGCCCAGUUGCUUAAAACCCAACCUGGUGUACUUGGGCUCUUCCCAGACCAAGUGUACCACCUUCAAACAACAAGAACACCAUAUUUCCUAGGGCUUGAUUCCUACCAUGAACCGUUGGGUUUGUUGAAGGAGUCUGACUUGGGCUCUGAUGUUGUGAUUGGUUUUCUUGAUUCUGGGAUUUCACCUGAGAGUCCAAGCUUCAGCGAUGAGGGGCUAAGCUCAGUCCCUACCCACUUCAAGGGGGUUUGUGAUGGAGGCAUAGACUUUCCUUCCUCAUUGUGCAAUAAGAAAAUAGUUGGGGCCAGGUAUUUCUCUAGAGGGAUACUGACAAUGAAGGGUGCUAAUGAGGAAGAGCCUCAGUCUGCUAGAGACUAUGAAGGGCAUGGGACUCACACAGCUUCAACGGCUGCAGGUAGAGGCCUUAAUGCCUCUUUCUUCGGCUAUGCUGAAGGAAGGGCCACUGGGAUUGCCCCCAAGGCAAGACUGGCCAUAUACAAGGUUUGUUGGACAAAUGGGUGUGUGGCAUCCGACAUAUUGGCUGCGUUGGACAAAGCAGUCCAAGAUGGGGUUGCUAUUAUUUCCCUCUCUCUUGGUGGUUCUCCAACACGGUAUUCUACUGACCCCAUUGCAAUUGGGUGUUUUGCAGCUGUUGAGAAGGGGAUCUUUGUCUCAGCUUCAGCAGGAAAUAACGGGCCUGAAUUCAAAACAGUAUCAAACAUAGCUCCAUGGAUCACCACUGUUGGAGCGAGUUCUACUGACCGGACCUUCCCUGCUGAUCUUGUCCUUGGAAAUGGGAUCAUAUUGACUGGAACUUCUCUAUAUACAGGCGAAGUGAUGAAGGAUAAACAGUUCUUCCCUAUCACUGAUUUGGGGGGUUCAACUUGUGAAGCAGAUUAUUUAGAUCAUGACUUAGUCAAAGGUAAAAUAGUUGUCUGUUUACACGGUUUUAUCAGCUUAAUACAGAAAGGCUUGAAUGUUAAGGAGGCAGGAGGAUUGGGAGUUGUUAUUGCCAAUGAUGAAGUUCAAGGGGAGAGUCUAAAAAGUGAUCCACAUUUGGUCCCUGGAUUAUCCAUUACCAAAUCUUCCUAUGAUAAAGUUGUUGGCUACUUGAAUUCAGCUCGAAAUCCCAAGGCCACCAUGGUGUUCCAUGGGACUAAGGUUGGCAGCAGUCUAGCCCCAGCAGUGGCUGCAUUUUCAUCUUGGGGUCCGCACUAUGAGUCUAUAUACCUUCUCAAGCCUGAUAUCAUUGCUCCUGGUGUUGACAUACUUGCUGCUUGGCCCAAAAAGGUUCCACCUUCUGGAUUGGGAUUGACAGAGGAUCCACGGCAUUCCUGGUUUAAUAUCAUAUCUGGAACUUCCAUGUCUUGCCCUCACGUGUCAGGCAUUGCAGCCCUUCUCAAGGGAGCUCACUCAGACUGGUCACCAGCCAUGAUUCGUUCAGCGUUAAUGACGACCUCUUAUAAUUAUUACUCUGAUGGUAAGCCUUUAGUAGACCAAAAAUCCUACACUGAAGCAUCAAUCUGGGCCACUGGUGCAGGCCAUGUGCAUUCAGUAAUGGCGAAUGAUCCAGGAGGGCUGUUAGCUGUGACAAGAAGGCUCUUGAGCAAUGGGAACUGAAUUAUCCAGCCAUCAUUGUCGCAUUCAAUCAAACCCAAGAGGCUAGUACAAUUGAGUUUACUGUCACAAGGACUUUAACCAA